GCAGCACCCGCUAAGGACCCGUCACUGAUUUGGCCCGAGCCACAUGAAGAGCGGCGUGUUGUGCCCGAGGCCUGGCUUGCCUGCCUGCGGCUUUUCUUGCGUUUAUUGAGAUGUUCUCGAACAAUGAUGAAGCUGUGAUCAACAAAAAACUUCCAAAAGAGCUGCUGCUUCGAAUUUUCUCUUUCCUGGAUGUGGUCACUCUGUGUCGUUGUGCUCAAGUUUCCAGGGCAUGGAAUGUUCUGGCCCUGGAUGGCAGUAACUGGCAGCGAAUUGACCUGUUUGAUUUCCAGAGGGAUAUUGAGGGCCGAGUAGUUGAGAAUAUUUCUAAAAGAUGUGGGGGUUUCUUGCGGAAGUUAAGCCUGCGUGGCUGUCUAGGAGUGGGAGACAAUGCAUUAAGGACAUUUGCACAGAACUGCAGAAAUAUUGAAGUAUUGAACCUCAAUGGCUGUACCAAGAUCACAGAUGCCACGUGUACCAGCCUCAGUAAGUUCUGCUCUAAGCUCAGGCACCUGGAUUUGGCUUCCUGCACUUCCAUAACCAACCUGUCUCUGAAAGCACUGAGCGAGGGGUGCCCACUGCUGGAACAGCUGAAUAUCUCCUGGUGUGACCAAGUGACUAAGGAUGGCAUCCAGGCUCUGGUGAGGGGCUGCGGUGGACUCAAAGCCCUGUUUCUGAAAGGCUGCACGCAGCUUGAGGAUGAAGCUCUGAAAUACAUUGGUGCACAUUGUCCCGAACUGGUGACUUUAAACCUUCAAACAUGCUUACAAAUAACAGAUGAUGGUCUCAUUACAAUAUGCAGAGGAUGCCACAAGUUACAAUCCUUGUGUGCUUCAGGCUGCUCUAACAUUACAGAUGCCAUCCUGAACGCCCUGGGACAGAACUGCCCGAGGCUUAGAAUAUUAGAAGUUGCACGGUGUUCUCAACUAACAGACGUGGGCUUUACCACUCUAGCUAGGAACUGCCAUGAACUUGAAAAAAUGGACCUGGAAGAGUGCGUCCAGAUAACAGACAGUACGCUAAUCCAGCUUUCCAUACACUGUCCACGGCUUCAGGUUCUGAGCUUGUCCCACUGUGAGCUGAUCACGGACGAUGGGAUUCGUCACUUGGGAAACGGCGCCUGCGCACACGAUCGCUUGGAGGUGAUCGAGCUGGAUAACUGCCCUUUGAUCACCGACGCCUCCCUGGAGCACCUGAAAAGCUGCCACAGCUUGGAGAGGAUAGAACUGUACGACUGUCAGCAGAUCACGCGGGCAGGGAUCAAGAGACUCAGGACCCAUUUACCCAACAUUAGAGUCCAUGCCUACUUCGCGCCUGUGACUCCACCUCCCUCGGUCGGAGGCAGCAGACAACGCUUCUGCAGAUGCUGCAUCAUCCUAUGACACUGGAAGCGGUCGCCUUUGCAAACUGAGUAUUUAAUUACACUUGUAGAAUUACGGUGGACACCAGUAUCUUCAAGGAAAGCGAUACCAGUGUCAUUUGGGAGGGCCAGUGAGCAGAGCUGUGGCUCCAGGCCCCCCCGUAGCCACCCAUACACGUACAUAUACACACCCCACCUGUUCCAGCAAACUGAUGAACUCCGCAGUACGGGAGCUGGAGCUGUGUUGGCUUUUUCUGUAGGUGGAUUGGGAUAAUUCUGAACCAUUCCUGCUGGGCAUGCUCAGAUGAAAUCGUUGCGCUAAGGAGGGGAGGUUUUUGCGAACCCAGAAUGACUGUUGCUGCUGUUGAGGUUGGAAUAGUAACUGAAAUCCUUUGAAACGGGGAGAGGGGGAGAGGGAAGGAACAUGCUUUAACCCUGCAUCCGUUGUCCAGAAGAGAAAAAAACCAAACAAACAAAAAAACCACCCCUCCCAAAAAAAAAAAAAAAAAAAAAAAACCAAACAACAAAACCGAAACCUGAAAAUCCCAACAAGUUUUGUGUCCAUUUUUCAGCGAGGGAAUGAAACAGCAGUUGUGAGACAUGAUUUACUUGCGCUUCUCUACUUCCCGUUCCCUGCUGACCACCCUGAGCAUGCUCACAUCGAAGGUUCAUCCGUUUCUUCUGUGUCCUGUAGCAUCCAGCUCAGAGGCUUCCUAGGUUGUUGUGAUGUAGCUUGAAAUCUGUAAUGUCAGGCUCCGUUUUUUUUUACCCUCCUUUUUACCCUCCCUCCAUCCUGCUUUUUUUUUUUUUUUUUUACAGAUUUCUAAUUCAGUCUUUUUUUUGUUUUUUUUUUUUUUUUAAGAUUUACCAAAUGAAAUUUAGGACUUGAUAAUUUCAAUUUUUAAAAAAAAAGUACUUUUUACCAUUAGAAGCCUGAGCCUGUGAUGACCCGUUGGGAAGAUAUUGAAAUGGCAAGCGAGCUGCACUGCGGGCUGAGUUCUUGUAGGCUUCAGGGCCGGUUUUUGUCAGCGAUUGGGUGUCCAAAUUUGUUUUGCAUUUCAGGUUUUAAUCCCAGUGACAAGAAUAUAACUCUCUUGAUAUAGGGAGAAAGUUAAGAGUCUCUGUUCCAGUGACCGUAAGUUCCCUACUCCUGUCUUUUCCCUCCCAACCCUUCAUCCUGCCCCCAAGGAAAAGCAAAGUAGAAUCUUUUUGCUUGUUGCCCCGAUCAAGAAAUAACAGCUCACUGGGAGGAACAGCUGCGAAUACACCCUCGAUUAUUGCCCCGGUUUUGUACGCCGAGGGGCGAGCGCUGGGGGAUUUUGCUGAGUCUUCCGCAGGUAAGUGGUUUGCCCCAGCGAAGGGACCGUCUGGCUGCGAGGGGGGGGUUACGGCGUGCCCAUCCCUCCCCGCGGUCGGGGUACGUGUUCGUAGCGGCUGCUUUGGAGGCGAGAUUAGCCCAGGGGAAGCACGUAUCAGCGCUCCCAGCGUUCCUGGAUGCUGGCAGUUCGGGAUGCCUCGUACGAAACACGAGAAGAGAUGGGCAGGUGCCAAGGGUCUGACGGGGCCGGACUCGCCCAAACCCUUUGCAGGUUUGGGGGUGUCGAGCUGACGUGUGAGGAGUUGCGCUCUCCCAGCCGCAGGGGACGCGUGGUUAUGGAUGGUUCCCGGCUGACCGAGGCAGUGAGGAGCGAGUCCGGAGCCAUCCCAGCUGCCAAGGAAGCGAUGCUUCGCCGUGAUGCCAGAGAAUCCGGGGGGUGGGGGGCUUGGGGUUUCACCGGGGGGGUUGCUUCGAGGCCAGGUCUGUUGCUUCCCACCCAUUAUCGCCGCCUGAGCUGCCAAGGCAGGCAGAAGGGUCGCUUAACACCACCAAAGCUGUAUGCCCCUUAUUCCUCCAACUUCAGAUUUCCCCAUCCCACCUGUACCGGCUUAUCCCGCAGCGGCACGGUCUGCUGGGAGGAAAUCCAGUGUCCCGCGGUUAAAAGGACGCUGUCAGUUCCUUUCCCGUAGAUCGCUUUUAAUCCCUUCUAUUUAUUCAAAUCCUCUUUAGCGCCGUGGAUUCUCUUGCUCGCUCUCCCCAACGAGCGCGUUUCCUAUCCUUGGGGGUGCGGGGACUCCUUGCUCUGGUUUUCGGGGUGGUGGAAGAUCUUGGCCCUUCCCGCGGUGUAACAGACUGAUCCGGCGGGUGCGCCCGGGGGCAGCGCCCGGCCAUCGCAGGAUUUGCACAAUUUGGGGAAAAACACUUGGGUUUUAGUUUAUACUGUGGCAGGGGAGAGCUGAAACGGAUUCGUAAGCCAGGGUGUAGUGGGCUGAUUGAUUUCUUUGUGACAGAGCCGAGUUUUCAAGGGAAAACUCAAUACAGAACCCAAAGCAUUAUUAUUAUUAUUAAUUUCCAAACAGGGUGACAGCAUUAAGGUAGCUCGAACUACUUGACAGUGUCCUUUUAAGUCAAUUAUCCGUCUUCAAAUGGACUCUUCCUUUUGUUUGUAUUUAUAAAUACCAAUAAACACCAUUUUCCAAGCUG